ACGAAGAAGAGAUCUAACCAUGUCGGUGACGUCAUGGAGACCGAAGCGCUGCUGAAUGCGGGUCCUCCGUACGGGCACGUUAUUGCCAGCGAGAAAUGGAGGAACUCGUCCCUCAUUCAAAGCUUAAAGGGUGGCGCUGUGAGAGUCCUCUUUGAGAAGCAGCUCGGCGUGGCGGACUUCCACCUGCCCAACAAGAGCUGCGUCCUGUACGUGUCCGAGUGCGACGUCAUCGCAGGAAACGGCUACAAGAGGAAACUGGUUCGCUACAGAAACAGCAGCAGCAGCCUCCAGGAGCUGGUGCUGGUGGAGAACACCAGACUCAGCCAGCAGUACUUUGCUGCGGUGCAGAAGUUCGUGGUGUUGGACCUGGGCCUGACUCUGCUGCCGGUCGGCGGGCAGACCGAGGCCUCGCAGCUCAUCACGCAGAUCGUUCACGGGGAGGGCAGAGAGAACCCCUUCAGGAGGAGGCCUUCGUCCCGGCCGCUGGACCCGCUGGUGCUGGCUCUGGCGCGGCGCGUCCCCGGGGUCGGCAGGGUCAAAGCCCCGGCCCUGCUGGAGCAGUUCUCCAGCGUCCGGCUGCUCUGCAACGCCGCUCCCGCCGAGCUGGAGCCCGUCGUGGGUCAGGCCGCGGCUCGGCAGAUCCACGGCUUCUUCCACAAACCCACUGCUGCUGGAACCUGAAGGUUCAGGUCUGGGGUCUCUGGAGGUCUGGACCAAAGGACGCAGAUCUAGAUUCACUGGAGUCCGGAGCUGCUGACGAGGCCUGAAGGAGGAGUCCAGUUCACGGCGACGUCUGCUUGUAGUUUUGCACUCUGCACUUCUUUUCCUUUGUGGUUGUCUUCAGCUGCUGCCUCACACGUGUCUGUGGAACCGACUCGCACGCUUUAAACAACAAGAAAGAAACCAGCUGCGUUCUGUCUCCUCUCAACCAGCCUUCAGUAUUUAUACCGCUUUGCUUUUUACUAAAAAUGUACAUUUAGUUUUUUACUAAAAAUUACAUUUCUAUGACGUUGUUUGAUUUAUAUAAUAAAACAGGUGGUAACAAGUUUUGAUUUUUUAUAACUGCAUUUUGACCAAAUAUUAAGUAUUUAGUCUGUAGAACAGUGUACUUGGAUUCUGUUGUUGUUGUUGUUGUUGUUGAGGAAAAGUCUCUAAUGAAUGCAAUUUGAAUAGAAUAUAAUAAAAACUUUGAAAAAUA